AUGGAACAACAGGGUGUUGAGUAUAAUAAUAUCUGCAAUGAUAAUAGUGAAGUAUAUGCAGAUAUAUUAUCUGGGAAUGAAAAUAAUAUAAGUGAAAGUGAUGAGUCAGACAUUAUUAUUAGUAGAAAAGUUUUACCUAUUGAAAGUAAUUCGGAGAAGAGCGAUUCCGAUGACGAAUUUAACAAUGUUACAUUUACACUAUGGUCCGAAAGUGAUAUUGAUAUGGACAUAAAUGAGUUUUUAGGUAAUGAUGGUAUUAAAGUUUUUCCGAAGGAUUCGGAAAUUAUAGGAGAUACAGUAGAUUUGUUUAUUGGCAAUGAUUUUUUUGAAUUACUUGUAAAGGAGACGAACAGGUACCACUUGCAAAAUGUGAAUAAAUAUAAAUCUACAAAGAAGAUAAAACAAUGGGAAGAAGAUACCACAAUAGACGAAAUGAAGAAAUUUCUUGCUUUAAAUAUUUUAAUGGGACAGGUGAAUAGAGCAACUUGA